AUGGGUCCCUGCAUCCACCCGGUGGCAACGAGAGCAGCUGCAGCCGGUGCUGCAGAAGAGCAAGUCUGGGGCAUUUGCAUUUUGUUCCUGCUUCAUCUUGUGGCAGGAAACAUGUUAUUCAAUUCUGACCCGACAUUCACGACCCAAAUUGGCCCAGAACUCAAAGAUCUGUGGAUGAAGGACUCCGACUCGACAGAUACCGACCUCUGUCUUUCGAACAAAUCUAAUCUGUAUCGUGGUGUGCCAAUUAAAGGUAGAAGCACUGGUCCACAGCCCCGGAAAACAAACAAAACUGAUUGUAUGUACUGUACAUGUACGGAGUACAUUCACAGAAGAAAUAUGAAAGAGUCCGGCAAGCAUUCCAUUAUCCAAAAGAAUGCCUUCCACCAUUUGAUGGACUGCAGCAUAUUCCAAGCCAGCGCAAAGUUACUCCAAGAGAACUCUAGUACACAUGAGUAA